AUGCCGCUAUUGUCGCUGCUGUUGAAGUGGGGCGUAUCGCUGAAAUUCGUCCUUAUGGUGCUGUAUUUUAAGCUGUCGGUACCAGGUUUCCAGUUGGUGGAUUCCGAAAUUGGAUAUAUUUUUACAAGAAAGGAUAAGUUAGGGGAAAUGACGACAAGCGAUGCAUCAUGGUGUUCAGUACAUGGCAAUGUUGCUAUCCUACCAGUGACAAAAGUAGCUGAUCCUAUCGAUGUCCCUCAGUUCUGUAGAUUGGAAGACCUAGGGAUCAGCGAACCACAAAACGAAAAGGAUGAUGAAUAA